GCCGUUUGUGCUUUAGAUGUCAAACUUCAAGAAAUCCUUAAACCCUAUUCCUCUACCUCAUUAAUUCAACCAUGAAACCAAACUAACAAUCCCCACAUUUCCUUUCUCAAUUAUCUCGAUAGAAUUAGGUACUUUCAUUGAUCAAAUUUCCCAUUUGCAAAACCACAAUCAAUCUCAAAAAUGCUAAGAAAACGAUUCCCGUCACUAAUUUCCGCCACAAUCCGCACAUUCUCCAAAUCCAACCUCCCAUUUCCACCUGAAUCCACGAUACCCAUCUCAAAUCUUCUCUUGAAACGCUCAUGUUCUUCAGAAAUCUGCUCAAAUGGAGCGUUUUUGGGAAGUGGGUUUUCAGCUAGGAGAGCAUACAGUAGCUUACUGAGCUUGAAUGAUCUGAGAGAUAAUCCGGGUGCAACCAAACAGAAGAAGAGAAAAGGUCGUGGUAUUGGGUCUGGUUUGGGGAAGACUGCUGGUCGUGGACAUAAGGGUCAGAAGGCUCGUGGUACCCACAAGUUUGGGUUCGAAGGUGGUCAAACUCCGUUGCGCCGCCGCCUUCCAAAACGAGGGUUUAAGAACCCCUUUAGCCUCACUUUUCAGCCAGUAGGGUUGGGUAAGAUUGCCAAGCUCAUAAAUAUGGGAGAAAUUGAUUCAUCUGAGCUGAUCACGAUGAAAACUCUCAAGGAGGCACGAGCGAUAGGGAAGCAAAUAGAGGAUGGAGUGAGGCUGAUGGGACGUGGUGCUGAAAAAAUAAUAUGGCCAAUCCAUCUUGAGGUGUCUAGGGUGACAGUGCGAGCAAAGGCAGCUGUGGAGGCUGCAGGAGGAUCAGUGAGGAAAGUGCACUACAAUAAGUUAGGUUUGAAAGCAUUGCUAAAGCCUGAGUGGUUUGCCAAGAAGGGAAGGCUACUUCCAAAAGCUGCUCGGCCUCCACCAAAGAUUGCAGAUAAAGUUGACAGUAUUGGGCGUUUACCUGCUCCAACAAAGCCCAUACCCUUUACUGUUGAUGAAAACGCAGCAGCUUCCCCCACCCCUUGCUGAGUACCAAACUCACUAACUGUAUUCCUUUUGGUUCAGUUUUUUUUGUAGAACAGGUUAUAAAGUAUAAAGUGGUCAAAAAAUUUGGUUUAUGGCCUCGUUUUUAUCUGCUCUUCUAACCAUUUGUGUUCCGACAUAUGGUCUUAUGGACAGUAAGUACUAAGUUAUAUUGGUAGCUGGGAUGUUUAAUUGUA